CUCCCCUUUUUAAUUUCCUUUACUGAAUUUCCCCAAUUCUCUAAAACCCUAACCAAACCAAAUUCUAUCUGAUCAUAAUUUUAGGGUUUUCAUAUUCUACGCCUCUCUCACUCCUAAUUUCAAACAAACUUUUCGAAUGAGAUUCCUUAUCGAUUAUCACCACCAUCAUCGUUAUCAUCAUCAUCCUUCAAUUUGCUAAAUUCCCAUUCAAUGUCAUCCGUUGGUACGACAACAACAGCAACUCCGACGAAUCAACAUUUUCACUUUGAUCGUCUCCCUUCCAAGCGCAAACUGGAGGAUUACGAUUCCCCGUUUAGUCGAAUUCGCAAGAAUUCGAAUUCCAAUUCCAGUUGCAAGGGAAAAUCCGUGAUUGAUGAUCACGAAUUGGAGUCUUCCAGUAUUGGAGAUGGUGAUAAUCAUAUCCUCCAAGGAGAAUCGAGCACAGUUAAGUGCGAUUUGAUGGAGUCGCCGCAGCUUCAAUUCUUUGUCAGGCUUUUUUCUGGGGGGAAAACCCUAGUUUUACGCGCGAAUUUGGAUGAUACGGUUGAAAUGGUGCACCAGAAGAUUCUAAAGGUUACGGGGAUACCGGUGAUGGAGCAAGGAUUAAUUUAUCAAGGGAAGCAGUUGCAGUGGGAGCGGACAUUGAAGGAGUGCGGAAUUCAGAAUGAUGCAGGACUACAAUUGGUGGGGCGAAUGCGGAGCACUGAUCAUCCUCGAGCCUGGCGGGUAAUUAAUGAUUUGGUUUCAUUAAUUUGUAGGAUUUGUAGGAAAGAAUUGCCUUUUGUUGAUCCUUGUGUGGUCAAGAUUAAGUUGGAUCAGUUUAUGGCUCUCCCAGUUGAUAAAGGCUACAACCCUGCAUCAUUGUUGUAUAAGUAUGAAAGAAAAAAGGCUAAUAUUAAAAAGAAAGCAACGCUGAAUAUUGAUGAUGAAGAAGAAGAGGACGGUGAUGACGAGGAUGAGGACAGUGGGAGCAUUAAUAAGCGUGAUUAUUGUAGGAUUUUUAUGGAUGCUUGUGCCCCUCAGGGUUUAGUUAUGCUUUAUCUGUCCAAGGAGAAGCGGAAUCAGGAGUGUGCGGAGGACUGUAUCCGGUCCUUUGUAGAUUUCGUUAAAGAUUUGGAAGGGAGUGGGAUUGAGAGGGCUUAUUGCGCAACGAUGGUGUUGGAACUCUGUGAAUUGCUUAAAAAAAUGGUGACUGAAGAUGACUUGGUGUAUAUACAUUGCAGGAGCACUCUUGGGUCAAUGCUGGGGAAGGUUAUAGUAGGGAGUGGGCAUGAGGGAGUUCAUAGUCAUGGUGGAUUCGAAAGAAAGAUGUAUGGGAUCGCUAUAGGAGACGUGUUUCCUUUCUUGAAGGAAGUAGGGGAGAGGUUGGUUAAGGACUUGAAACUUAGUGUUGAAUCAGAUGCUAGCAUCGGGCCUUUGCAUCGAGAUGUGCGCGAUUUCUCCGCCUUUCUGCAGCCUGUGUUAUGUUUUAUUGGGAGGGAACUUAGUGCAGCAGCAAAUUCUGGAAAGGUCAAGGGUAGAACAAACCCAUUGGCUAAUGAAGUUGAUCUUCUCUUCUGUCUUUUCAAUGAUUUACUUGGUGGUAUUGAUAAAUGUCUCAAAAAAGUGGAAUUAUGCUUGAGUGUGAAGAAGAAAAAGGAUGUGGAAGUUUAUCUAAUUGGGUGGUCUCAGUAUCUUGCUGUUCUAAAGGAAUUGCACAGCGUUUCUUUACUUUAUCCAGGAUCAGAAGACCAAUUCUGGACCACAAUGAGACAGAAUAGGAAAGCAGUAUGUGGCCUUAUUAUUAAGCAUGCUAAGCGUGCUGAGGACAAUAGUUGGCUUCUUAAGCAUAAGGAUGUCUUAGAUUUUGAAUCAAGGAGGCAUUUAGCAUUGUUGGUGUUCCCAGAGGUGAGAGAAGAUUAUGACGAAUUGCACGAGAUGUUAAUCGAUAGGUCUAAUUUGCUGGCCGAAUCGUUCGAGUAUAUAUCUCAGGCAAAGCCAUCUUCACUGCAUGCUGGUCUCUUUAUGGAAUUCAAAAAUGAAGAAGCCACAGGUCCUGGUGUUUUAAGGGAGUGGUUUUGCUUAGUAUGCCAAGCAAUUUUUGAUCCACAAAAUGCCCUUUUUGUUUCUUGUCCUUUGGACCGUCGAAGGUUCUUCCCCAGUUCAGCAUCUAAGAUUCAUCCCCUCCAUCUUCGGUACUUCCAAUUUUCGGGGAGGGUAAUUGCUUUGGCUCUGAUGCAUAAAGUUCAAGUUGGCAUUGUUCUGGAUCGUGUCUUUUUCUUGCAAUUGUCUGGAAGACACAUCUCCAUGGAAGAUAUACGGGAUGCAGAUCCUUUCAUCUAUAGUAGCUGCAAACAAAUAUUGGAAAUGGAUGCUGACUUUGUUGAUUCUGAUGGUUUAGGGCUGACAUUUAGUACUGAAGUUGAAGAGCUGGGAACAAGGAAGGUUGUGGAACUUUGUGCUGGAGGAAAAGGCAUUUCUGUGAACAGCAAAAACAGGAAGGCAUAUGUCGACCUUAUUGUUCAACAUCACUUUGUAUCAUCUAUUUCUGAACAAGUGUCCUAUUUUGCCCAAGGUUUUGCUGACAUUCUUGCUGAAGGAAAACACCGUGAAUCUUUGUUUGAAUACUUGGAACUGGGAGAUCUUGAUUGGAUGUUACAUGGAAGUGGAAGUGAUAUCUCUAUUGAAGAUUGGAAGUCGCAUACUGACUAUCAUGGCUAUAGAAAAACUGAUCCUCAGAUAGUUUGGUUCUGGGAGGUGGUUGGACAAUUAAACGCUGAUCAGAAAAGGACUCUUCUUUUCUUUUGGACAUCAGUUAAAUAUCUUCCUAUUGAGGGUUUCCGCGGUUUGGCAUCUCGAGUGUACAUCUACAAAUCUUUGGAUUCCCAAGAUUGCUUGCCCUCAUCACAUACAUGCUUUUUUCGCCUUUGUAUCCCACCGUAUCCAUCAAAGGCUGUCAUGCAAGAACGUCUCCUUGUGAUCACCCAAGAACAUGUAGGCUGCAGCUUUGGCACUUGGUGACAUAGGUGAUUUUGAUAACGACAGCUAGAUAUUGGGGGGGGGGGGGGGUUGGGAUUUGCACAUAAAUGAAGGCUCUGGUUUUGCUUUUGUACAGAUUUCUUAGUUUAAAUGUAGGUUGCAAGCUCAGUGCCAUUGAAAUGGUGCUCUUGCCUUGACAAAAGAUUGCCUUUAAACUAUUUUAUGUAAAGAGUUCACUUAGAUGAGAAUUUGUUACUUUUGAAACUUCAUCUCUGCGUGCGUAUAGUUACGCCUGUACAGUAGACAGUAGUGUCAUGACUGAAUUAAAAGUCUGAAUUUUGUCCAAACCUGAAAUAAUGAUUCUGAUCGUUGGACUUGAAAGUCUAGCUAGUCUUUAUGA